GCCUGCCUACCACCUCCCAGCCUCUUACGUUUGUCCCGUCUGACUUACAUAACGUACGUAAACAAUCUUGACAACGCAAUAUUCGAAUUGUAGCUUCUCAAUGUUAUAACCCCCUUUAAACUACAUUUACACAUUAGAAUUUCUCCUUUUACAUAGAUCCCGUCUAGUCACUUUGUGUGCACCUUCUCACCAUGGCUCCCAUCCCAGUCUAUACGGACAGCCCUAUUACUGCCGCGAAGGCUUCGGGAGUGACGCCACAGACUGCUCCACCAUCGUCCACUUCAAAGCCAACCCCAACUAGCUCAUUGCCUACUCCAUCCAGCCAGGCCUAUCCGUCCGCGCAACCUGGCGCCGUGCCCUCACUUCCAACUGCGACGGCAGAUGCCUCUCAAGCUAAUCAUGACGGGCCCCCAGCACCGCAACCUGGCGCCGUCCCUGUCCCAACCGGUGUCACUAACCCGAAUAUACCGCCACCGCCUAAAGCAGGUGAGAAGCCCAUAAACAUACCGUAUCCUCAGCAGAUGGCAAUCCCCCCACCUACUGCAUCCUAUCAGUCUCAACAGCGGGGUACAUCUAUAGCCCCAGUGCCUACUUCAGAAUAUAGCAGCCAGGGUUCCACAGCUUUAAGUGGUCAAGCAAGUCAUCACAGCUUGGAGCACCCUCCGGGAUACUACCAGAAUUCUAACGCUUCUGAGCUCGAUAAUUACCAGAGGUCAUCUAUUCAGCGGAGUGCGGUAGAAGAUCAGACAGGGAAUUCAGAAAGUGGGGUUUGGGAAGCUGCGAAGAAAUGGGCUCAUCAGACAGGAGAGAAGAUUGCGGCAGCGGAAACUGAAGUCUGGAAGAAGAUCAACAAGGAAUAAUGUUGCCACGAAGAUUAGCAUUUAUCGUCAUCGGCAGGAGAGCCGGUCUGCUAUAAAUCAGGUUCUCGCGCCAGAAUUCAUCACUGAUAUCAAAGAAAUUGCUAAAAAUGGAAUAACUAUACUAUUACACAGAUGACAUAUGCCGUCUGAGGCUAGUGUAACUAAAGGAACCAGUGAGCUAUUCUUAUCUAGUUAUGUCUCAUGGAGGGUUGUCGUUCAGAGAGUCUUUAAUACGAUUAAUUAAACGGUAGUUAAAGCAG